AUACUCAUAUGGCAUGACGUUGAGAUUCUGAUACGAGGCGAACUUGAAUGCAGCUCCCCACCUGGCAUAUGCUUUUAUAUCACUACUUGGAUCACAACACUUCCAUUUUUCCACUCAAACACUCAUGCCUUCCCUUAAUCCUCUCUUUUUACUUUUAUACUAAUCUAAACCCCCUCUGGAAGCAAGGUAGAAAUUCAUCAAACCUUUUCACCUUUAAUCCCUUUUUAUCCCUCUAUUUAACCUGGUUUCAACUCUAACCCACAAUCACCACAAUUCUACUCAAUACAUACAUACUCCACUCUAUCUUCCCCAUUCAACAAUGCAACCCAUGGCUGCUGCAGCACCGCGUAAGUCGAGUCUUGUUAAACAAGACCGUCAUCUAUUCGCAACACGCGAUGAAAAUGCCUUGACUAAGCAAGUUUUGGCCACUCAUUCUGAGGAACCCCUCGAGUUGCCUGUCAACCCUUUGCUCGGCCUCGUUGAAAAAAUUUUCCUUCGAGCUAAACUCAGUACUCACCAGGGAACAACACGAGCUCAACUGGAGGCAAUCGAAGACCGCUCUCCAGGCCCAACAGACUUGCUGGACUUGCUGAAUUUUGUAUCGUUCACUAUCAAUAGAGUUUCCAAUGAGAUACGGUACAGGUGUUCAAGAGCUGGGGAUACCCAUACCGUGACGAUGGAAGUGCUCAAUUUAUUAUCAAACUGGCCAUGGGAUGCUAAGGUGGUGCUGGCCUUGGCUGCAUUUGCCAUAAACUAUGGAGAGUUUUGGUUAUUGGCUCAGCAAUCCACAACUGACUUCCUCGCCAAAGACAUCUCGCUCCUCAAGAAACUCCCAGAAAUGUUCGAGAGGAUCGACAUUGUGAAGCAAAAAUUUGAAGAAGUUGACAAACUCAUCAACACACUCAUGGCUGUGGCCAAGUGCAUUGUUGAUUUCACCAUGCUUCCUCCCCAUUACAUUACUCCAGACACGCCUGAAAUGAAGAGCGCAACCACUCUUAUUCCCACAGCUACUUAUUGGACAAUCAGAAGCAUUGUUGCAUGUGCUGCACAGAAUGCAGGCCUCGUUGGAGUCGGCCAUGAGUAUUUAGCAUCAGCAUCUGAGUCAUGGGAGCUGUCUAGUUUGACCCAUAAGAUCGACAGCAUUCGGAAGCAUCUUGAACAGCUGCUUCUUGCUUGUCAUCAUUACAUAAAUGAGAAGAUGCAUCAAGAAGCGUAUGCGAACCUGGUUCGACUUUUCGAGAUACCCCACAUUGACAACCACAAGAUUCUGAAGGCUUUGAUUUUCUCCAAGGAUGAUAAGCCGCCCCUCAUCGAUGGUCAAAGCAAGGAAAAGGCUACCCUCGAAGUGCUGCGAAAGAAAAAUGUGUUGCUCCUCAUCUCUGACCUGGACCUGACCACAGUGGAGCUUUCAAUGCUGGAACAAAUCUACAGGGACUGUAUAAACAACAAAAGUAGAGCAGAGAGCGAUUACGAGGUGGUGUGGAUGCCAAUUGUGGAGUCCCCAUGGACAGAUGAGAAACAGAAGAAAUUCGAACGGUUAUUGGGGAUGAUGCCAUGGUACUCGGUGGCGCAUCCUUCAACCAUCGAAUCUGCCGUCGUGGAGUACAUACGACAGGUAUGGAAAUUCGUCAAAAAGCCUCUCUUGGUGGUCUUGGACCCUCGAGGCAAAGUGGUUAAUACCAACGCCUUCCAUAUGAUGUGGAUUUGGGGAAACUUGGCCCACCCUUUCACAAGCGCUCGAGAGGAUUCACUUUGGAAAGAAGAGACUUGGAGACUCGAGCUGUUGAUCGAUUCAGUGGAGCCCCAAGUGUUCCAAUGGAUAGAAACAGGGAAGUACAUAUGCAUUUUCGGAGGGGAAGAUCUGGGAUGGAUACGAAGCUUCAGCAGAAAGAUAGUGGAAGUAGCCAAGGACGCCGGGAUAGAAUUGGAGAUACUCUACGUAGGGAAGAGCAAUCCAGGAGGGAAAAUAAGGAAGAACAUGGCCGCAAUUGUAGAAGACAAAUUGAUCCACACCCUGGAAGAUCCGACCCUGAUUUGGUUCUUCUGGGUGAGGUUAGAGAGCAUGUGGUACUCGAAAACACAGAGAGGGAGCACCAUCCAAAACGAUCCCAUAAUGCAAGAGACAAUGACGAUGAUGAGCUUGGACAGCGGCGGGCAGGGGUGGGCGGUGAUGAGCAAGGGGUCAACCGACAUGCUUCGAGCCAAAGCCGAGAUCAUGAGCAAUGUGGUGGAUGGGUAUGACAAGCGCUGGAAGGUGAAUGCGAAGGAGAAAGGAUUCAUGGCUGCUAUGAGGAAAGACCUAGAGGAUACCCACACUCCCGAGCAUUGCAACCGCUUGAUUCUGCCUUCUUCGAAUGGCACCAUCCCAGAGAAGAUCGUUUGUUCUGAAUGUGGUACCGCCAUGGAAAAGUUCAUUAUGUAUCGCUGCUGCAACGAUUGAGUUUAUUCUAAGAACGGAAGCUCCCUAAUUUGAUGUUUGCAGUGUGGUUUGUUUGUUGUGAAAUCCAAGUAAUUUAAAUCCAUGUAUGCAUGGAACUGAAGAUUCUUUUCCAAUUCCGUUGUUACGUAUCAUUCAAAUCAAAUUUAUAUAAUACUUAUCUAC